GGCAGUGCGAUCAACGUGCAUGCAAAAACUGCCGCGCCGUCUUAACGUACGCGAGGCAAAUAGUAAACACAGCUGAAACGUCAGCUUCUGCGGUGGAAAUAGAAUUGUUUACGUCCUUAGAACGGAUUUUAAUCAGCGUGUAGCUUUGAAACAAGAUUGUUCGUUGUGUCGUGGAACUUUCGGAAAUAGUGCACUUCCCUUUGUGUCCCUUUGGAAUUGGAGUAGGCCUAGCUAAUGAGUAGGCCUGAUGUAAAGUGCGCAAACACGCAACAAGAGGCCAUUGUUUGGAAGGCACUGGCCCCCAUGUGUACUGUGUUAAUACGUGCAGACUGCAGCGCGCGUGCACGACUCAAGUGAUAUCCCACAACGACCGCAACUGAGUUUUCCAGCGAUGUCGGGAAUUGAACUGAAACCGAUCUCGGAGUCAGAAGCUGGACGUUCAAACUUUCUUCUACCGCUGGGGAAAACGGUUAUUGGUCGAGGUCCUGUUUUAGGGGUGUCCGACAAACGAGUUUCAAGGAAUCAUGGCUUGGUUGAGGUGGAAGAUGGAAAAGUCAAGAUUAUGUCUACGCACACAAACCCCACAUUUUACCAGGCCAAGGGGACCGCCAGGCUCCUCCCCCUUCCCAAAGAGGUAUGGCAGAGUCUGGAGCAUGGAGACCGGAUAUCGUUGACCCCUGAUCAGCAUGUCUAUGAGGUGGUUAUUGACGAGAGACCCUACCAUAAAGGCUCCCAAAGCUUAGGUUCCAUAACUGAUUCCCCUGUAAAGGAGUCCCCGGUGAAGGAGUCCCCACAGAAAAUGGAGAAGCACACUGAGGAUGCAGAGGACGACCGAGGACGGCGGGAAAACAAUAGAAAGGAAAUUGUAACAGGUGUGGAUGAAAAGAAUCAGUUGAACAGUACCGAUGGCAGGACAAAGAAGAUCAAGUCAGAUGAGGACAAGGAACGAGACGGAACUGAAGACCACGAAAAAGAUGAUGCCGAGGAGAAACAGGAUGCCGGACCUCCAUCUACACAGAUACAGAGCAAGGGGGGUACAGUGAAACUGCCUGGCCAGAAGGAGAUGGCUCUUCCCGUGGAGAGAGAGCGGAAACUCCCAGACUGGAUGGCCAAACUCGGGGGAGGUACAACGACCGCAAAAGCCAUGUCAACACCCACAGAAGCCAGCAGGGGCAGGGGAAGAGGAAGAGGUAGACCAAGGGGGACAAGUACCACUACCGCCUCAGCAACACAGAGAACCGCCACGCCCAAAAGGAGCAAGAAACAGCCCUCGGUCAGCGAUGAGGCCAGUGAAGAGGAGUACUCCCUAGCCCUCCAGAGAACACCAAGCAGGGGUCGGGGACGCCCCAGGGGGAAAGGGAGGGGCAAGGCGAUGGGCCGUGGGAGGCCCAGACGACAUCAGAGUGACGACGACGACGACGAUGAUGACGAUGAAGAAGUCCCGAGUGUUGGCGAGGAGGAAGAGGAGAUUGAAGAGGGGCCGAGAAGAUGGGGCCACGGGAAGACCAGGGACCAGGCCACGGUCAAGAGGAGGGCCAAGGUGGCCAUGGACUACUCGGAGGAUUUUGCGGCCAGCGGGGAGGAUGAGGAAGAGGAGGAGCUACCGGUGCCGGAGGGGGAUGAUGGGAGUGACUGGGAGCCCGAGUCUCACAGUCCAAGAUUGAUGAGAACAUCCUCCAAGGGUAAGAGAACAUCGGGGAGGAAGAAGACAGGGGGGCGGAGAUACAGCAGACAGAGCUCAGAGGAGGACAGUGAUCUAAGUGAAGAGGAAGUCUACAUACCGAGACCAACCAAGAGGUCUGGGCGGGCCGUCUCCAGCAGCCUGGAGAUCGAUUCGCAAGACAUGCCGAGGAAGAGAACGAAGAAAACAGAUAAUGGGAAGAAGAGAAGAGAGCCUUGCCGCUACGGCAAGAAAUGUUAUCGGAAAAAUCCCCUUCAUAAAGAAGAAUUUGCCCACCCAGGGGAUUCUGACUGUGAGUCUGCAAAGUCUGACGAUGGUGACGAUGACGAUGACGGUGACGAAAAAGAGGAAUGCCCACAUGGAACAACCUGCUACAGGAAAAACAAGAGGCACUUAGAACAAUACAAACAUACCAAGGCACCCGGCCGGCCAAAGAGGCAAGCUGCCAGGAAAAGAGCAACCCUUGCUGAUGGAGAUAGUGACGAUGAGGGUGAGGUGAACACCUACGACUACGAUGACAGCUUCAUUGACGAUGGAACCCAAGGCAUGGGCAAAGCCUCCGAUUCAGAGUCGGAGGACUGGACCCCAGGAGGGAAGGAUGAAGACGACUGAAUUGCAGGUGCAUAUUCACGACCAGGAUAUGAAGACAGUGUAGAUUAAAUCAAAAAGCUACAGAUGUACAGUACAGUUACAGUACAUGCACCAGGACCCCAGUGUGGAGGAUUUUUUUUUUAGGAGUGGGGUGGAGGAAACGAAGCUUAAAGCAUUUUAAUGCACGGUUAAUUUGACAAGAGCAUUUGGCGACAAAUGAUCACUGGGUAGUGCUGUCUGCUUAAAGGGAGCCAAAGCAUUUGGCAAAGAAUUUGUUUGGUGUUUCCUUCCCACUAGGAAACACUCCUUUCAAUAUAACUGCCUAUGACUUUGUUUCCUGAAAUUUUCUAUUUUGCUGUAAAAAAAGUUUAUAAUAUGCAUCACUUGUGCAAAAUUUGUAUGCAAAGCAAUUAAAAUAAGUGUUUAAUUUGAAAAUCAUGAUGAUUAUUUGCUCAUCAUUAUGCAUGGAAAUUUUAGUGAAGGUUAAGCCAGUCCACUAAGCCUUGCCACUGCGAGCAGCACCACCACUGUCUCUGCCAUGCCACUCUGCAUGCUACACAUGCUCACAUGGAUAAGCGAUUGUUUACUGUUGGUCAUUGUUUGUUUGUGUUGGGGGGGGGAAGUGAACUUGGGGCCUUUGCUUGCUCGGAGAGUUCAAAGGAAUGGAAGUUGCCGUAAAGGAUUUCCUCAACCUUGAGAAAAUUUCCCUCAGACUCCCAGAGAGCACGAUUAUUGGGAUGGGGUCUUUUUUGAACCACAGGCUGGAGUCACAGCUGUGAUUGGUGUUAAGCUGGGGCUUAAUGGAUUGAUCUAUUGUACAUAUUCAACUCGGAUCAACUGGGAAAGCAUUUAAUCUGAGUAAAUUUUAAUCAUGUAUGACAGAUUAUAUAUAAUACUGUCUGCUACAGGUGUAUUGUAAUGUCUCUCAAGCUAGUUUGCUUUUUAUAAGCCUAUGCACCUUUCUCGUUUUUAAUGCCUCAAAUUUGUUUUAAAUGCUAAAACAUCAUGAUUUGUGCAAACUCGUGAUCCUUCUUACUUUGUGCUUUUUAUUUUGUCAAGAUUUGACUUUUUUUUCAUUAUCCAGUCCAAAGCUCUUAGAGAAAUGUUUGGAACAAUUCUGAAAUGCACAGUGAUGCUUUCCGACAGUUAACUUGAUGGUUAAAAGGGAAUGAUUCACAACUAGGGGAAUCCCCACGAUAUACUUCUGGAUUGUGGCUCGACUACGGAAACAGUGCAACUUUUCAGGCUUCUAUGCUUCAAAAAAUGUGGACAUCCAGUGUCCGAUAUUGAAAUGAAUCGACCAACAAAAGAAUGGUGCCACCCUGGUAUCCUAUGUUGUUACGAAGGGGGGGGGGGAUUUGAAAGAUUUAGUUUGGGAUAACAGAGCAUGAAAUUACAGUCGGACAUAUGCCAUUUGCCAACCACAUUUUGUAUUUGUAGAAAUAAAACAGAAGUCAGGCACAGUAUCUGAAGGAAAUGUGAAAUGUAAAUGUACAGUGCCCAAAUGUGAAAUCCUCACAGUGCUUUUCCUGUCUUUUUUUUUGUGUUUACGACAUUUACACUAUGAAAGCGUAUUCCUAUGUGACCUUAUCCUAUCAAAAGUUGGCAAUGGCAGAAUCCUGAAAUUGAUCCUGCUAGUAUGUUUUGUCCCACCACAUUUGGGGCCUCAUUUCACACACUCGGGACAAGGUCGGACGGCAUGACUUGAGCCGUGCAUGACCUCUGUGUAGUGGACUUGUGUGAUGUCAGUGUUGGAAAUGCAGCGAGCUCUUCCUUUGAGCCUUCUUACAACAGUUACAUGUACAUGGUAUGUGAACUGCUCUUAUUCUGCAGACCCAAAUGUGCCUAUUCAGCAUUUCCUACUGCAUUCUAUCAAUUGCAUAUAUGCUUAGCAAUAGUUAGAUUGCACUUCCUAAUGCAGACUGCUUUUCCAAAGUAGAUGAAUAAGAUUCGCUUGUACAAAAUGUGUGGUGACUGAUGGGUUAAAAGGGAAACAAAUGUUAAAUAUGUACAUACAAACUACGUAAUGACAGAAAGAGUCCUUAUUAAUUUACCUUAUACACUAGGCAAUCGCAAGACAGGUUUUUCUAGACAGGAACCACCCGUCUCUUAUUCCGAAGCUUAAAUUUUUGUGCAAAGAGCACCCACUUCAUACAGCACAGUUGAUGCAACAGGUCAUGAGUCAAUUCAUGAUAUCUGUCAAUAUUUCAUGCACUUGAAAAUAAAAGCAAAAGAAAACAAACAAACAAACUGGGAAAAACUGAGCAAUUAAUCGACGGUGAGCUCGAGCCAAUGAAACUGCAAAGGACUAGUUGUUAUGUACAGUUGUACAAGCCGGGAAUUCUCAGGAGCUGGAAAGUUGUCUUUAACACUUUUAGGUCAGGUUUUUAUUCUGUGCCCAGUAUUUGUCAGGUUGCACCAUUUGCGUGACAUGUGGACAAACCAGUACCAUGACAAGAUAUACAGGAAAUACAUCUACAUGUAUACGUCAUUUAGCAGUUAAACUAUCAAUAAAUGAAUUUUGUACCUGUAGAUACAUGUGGCAGGCAUUUGCGCCAGAACAGAUUCACCGAAAGUAGUAACCAAGGAAACCAUCAUUCAUUUUGGAAAUGCGUGUGUGGGUUUUCGAACCCUCAACGAUUAUACUUUCUGCCUGGUACAUUGGCUUCGGACAGUUGGUCCCACCAUCCUAGCUUACAGUGUGCUAGAGAACAAAAAACAACUCAGUAAUGUUUAAAGAAGUUCCAAGUCUUGUACAGAAACUAAACUUCUGGAUGUGAAUCUCAUGACUAUGGCAUUUUGAAAUAGUGGCCUAAUAAAAAUAGUAACUUUUGUCAGCUGUGAA